GAGUUUGCCCACAAGUUACGAGUUAGCGAUACGCCAUGAGUAGAGGUCAGUCGUAUUUGAUCAACUUCUUCAGAAACAGAACUCGACAGAACCCUAAUGCCCAGAUACGGAGUCUAACUGUUGAGUAUCGGGAUAGUGAAUCCAAGCCCGAUGAGCAGAAAUCGGCUGUGAGUUAUACGGAGAUGGCUGAAACUGUGUCUACGAUCAUGAGAAGGAGACAGAGAUGGCAAAAAACUCUGGUAUCUGAUUUUCCCUCGUUUGAUUUCGCAGAUCCUUUGUUUUUCCGACAACUGUUGAAAUCUCAGAACAAUGUUAUGUUUUCUUUGUGGUUCUUCCGGUGGUUGUGUUCCAAUUAUGAUUACACACCUGAUUCUGUUUCUUUAAAUCUUCUAUUUGGUGCUCUUUUGGAUGGAAAAGCCGUGAAAGCUGCGAAAAGUUUUCUCGAUACCACUGGUUUUAAACCUGAGCCCAUGUUAUUAGAGCAAUACGUGAAGUGUCUUAGUGAAGAAGGGUUGGUAGAGGAAGCUAUUGAAGUGUAUAAUGUACUGAAAGAGAUGGGAAUUAGUUCUUCGGUUGUGACUUGCAAUUCUGUUUUAUUAGGUUGCUUGAAAGCGAGGAAACUCGAUCGGUUUUGGGAACUUCAUAAGGAAAUGAUAGAAUCUGAGUUGGAUUUAGAGAGAAUUCGGUGUUUGAUUCAAGCUUUGUGUGAUGGUGGGGAGGUUUCAGAAGGCUAUGAGCUUUUGAAGCAGGGAUUGAAUCAAGGGCUUGAUCCAGGACAUGAUGUGUAUGCCAAACUGAUAUCUGGUUUCUGUGAGAUUGGGAACUAUGCUUGUAUAUCGGAGAUUCUUCAUACGAUGAUAGCGUGGAACCAUUUCCCGAGUAUAUAUACAUACCAGAGGAUUAUAAAGGGGUUGUGUAUGAAUAAGAAGGAGCUUGAGGCUUAUUGUAUAUUCAAGAAUCUGAAAGAGAAAGGCUAUGCACCUGACAGAGUUGUGUAUACUACAAUGAUCCAUGGAUUCUGCGAGAAGGGAUGGUUAGGGAGCGCGAGGAAGCUGUGGUUUGAGAUGAUUAAUAAGGGGAUGCGACCAAAUGAGUUCUCUUACAAUGUGAUGAUGCACGGGCAUUUUAAAAGAGGCGAGAUUUCGCUUGGUGAAGCAUUCUACUAUGAGAUGUUGAGAAAUGGCUAUGGAGAAACAACGCUAAGCUGCAAUACGGUGAUAAGAGGUUUCUGCUCACAUGGAAAAUCAGACGAGGCCUUCGAGAUUUUCAAGAGAAUGUCUGAAACAGGGGUUACACCAAACGCAAUCACGUAUAACGCUUUGAUAAAAGGACUUUGCAAAGAAAACAAGGUUGAGAAAGGCAUGAAACUAUACAAGGAGCUUAAGGCCUUAGGGCUGAAGCCUUCUGGUGCGGCAUAUGCUGCACUAGUGAGAAAUCUGAAGAUGUCUGAUUCUGUUGCAACUUCUUUGAAUCUAGAGAUUGCCUGAAAGAAACUAAUUUUUGUUGGGAGUCUUGUCUGACUCUAGAACUGUAACAUUAGGUUGAUUCAUAAUCCACAAAAAGGUCAAUUCCCUUUUUUUUGCAUAUCUGUAUUUUUUUGGUUCUCGUUUAGGAAAUAAAACAGAAAUGGUUUC